AUGCCGCCUAAAAAACAAAAGGUACAUCUACAAAAAGCACGUCAAAAGAUAGGAUAUGUUGCGCAACAAGAUUGUGAGACCACCGAUGAUAUAGAUAAUCAAUUGGAAGAAUCUGACGGAAUGGAUGAGUGUUGGGUUGAUGAAACUUUAGAACAGCAGAUGAAUGAUUGUUUUUCGAUUAUGCUUCAAGCCGUCCAACAGCCAAGCAUUUAUAUAAAUACUGAAUGCAAAGCAUUUUAUACCGGGACCGCAAAAUCAACCAUUAGAAAUAAAAACCGGCAAAUGAGAUUAGCGGCACAAGGAUCUGCAAAAAUCAAUUCAUAUUUUUAUCCUGUCAUCGAUUUGACAGAGUCAAAAAAUAAUUUAGAACACUACCAAAACUCGAACCUACCAGAUGAUUCGUCCAAUAAAAAAGAUAAUUCAGAACAUCACCAAAACUCGAAUCUAGUAGAUAAUUUGUCCGAUGAAGAAGAUUAUCAAUUUUUACUUGAAGAUCUAGAACAUGAUAUAAAACUCGGUAUUAGUGAUAUCAGAUUGCAAUAUGUUGCACAAUAUCUUCGGUUAGUUGCAUCAGGCAUGUUGAAAAUUGAAUCAAAUGAUCUUACUUUACAAAUUGGUCCAGAACUAGCGACAAAUCAAAAGUUACACAUUCUUGUAACUCAUGAUGAAUCAACAUUCUUUUCAAAUGAUGGCAGAAAAGAAUUUUGGGGACCAGAUGAUGAACAACCACUUCGUUCAAAAUCUACAGGCAGUAGUCUAAUGGUCAGUAACUAUUUGUGUGAUACACUGGGAUGA